AGGAGGAGGUAACAAAAAUAUGCCAUUCCAUCGCACCUGACAAAGACUAAUCGAGAUUGUCUGUUUUAUUCUGUAGCUGCUGAAACACGGCAGAUGCUUUUUGUUUGAAUUUUUUUUUUAAAUCCAAGAAGACUUAACAGAGAAGAAGAAAAGGCGGAGGCUGUAAAAAAAAUAUUAACCUACUGACUGCAGCAACAGUUGGUCUGUCGGUGAUCUGACUCAAAGCUUUGGGACUGACUGGUGAAUGGUGACUGCUUAGAAUUCGGGAAGUCGCAUCUGGAUCCAUCACUAACAUCAUGCCAGCCGUCCACAGGAGGCAGCCCAGUAUUGAGUUUUUGGAAUUUAUGGGAGUGGUCAGAGAGAAUGGCAGUGAUCAGACAUCCCUUCCUCCUGUGCACACUCCACUCUCAUAUGACUACGUCCUGGUCGCAAAAACUAUUGACAACCAGGAGAGGCAGGCAUAUAAGAAGCAAUGUGAGUACAUUGAAGAGCUGAAAAAGAAGAACCUCAAAGUCACUAAAAUUAUAGAUGAUGAUCUUGUCUUUUAUGGGAUUCAAGCACCUAAAGAAAUUUUUGAGAAGUACAGGUACCUGUUGAAAGUAUCUGAUGCCUGUAAUUGGAGCUCAGAUCAGAACAUUGUCCCUCUCAGCACCAGAAUAAGGAUUGUCCACUUCAUUUUGAAUCACACCCCUAUCCUUUCUGGAGAGGGUCUGAGGGAUCUCAUGAAGAUGAGGGUUUUUGAAGCACGAUUCUGUUUACAUGAGAAAAAGAAACAGAGAGAGCUGAAGGAGAGCUGGGCUCGAUGGACAGCCUGUCUCCAAGGGCAACCCAUAACUGCUGUCAGGAAUUACUUUGGGGAGAAGGUGGCCUUGUACUACCUGUGGCUUGGCUGGUAUACAUAUCUGCUCAUCCCACCGGCUCUCAUCGGGCUCGUUGUCUUCCUUUAUGGUCUUGCCUUCUUCAAUGAUUCGCCCCUCAUAAAGGAGGUUUGUGAGGCUGACACCGUCAUGUGUCCACUUUGUGACAAGAGAUGUAAAGUGUGGCUGCUUUCGGACACCUGCACCUACGCUAAGGUGACCCUACUGUUUGACAACAAUGGCACAGUGCUCUUUGCGAUGUUUAUGGCAAUUUGGGCAACACUUUUUCUGGAGUUCUGGAAGAGACAUCGGGCUUCGUUUGUGUGUGAAUGGAAAGUGUCUGAUUGGUGUGAAGAGGAGGAGGAAUUAAUCCUGGAAAUUGUGAACAACGUCAACUGUGAACCCAAGAAGUAUAAGCACUCAUAUCUGCGCAGCACUUUGGUGUUGAUCUGUGUCACAGUUAUGAUACUCGUGAUCAUUGGCCUGACACAUGCCUUAGUGGUGUUUAGGGUGAUUGCAGCGGUUCUCUUGGCUGAAGGAUCAUGGGAGUUUCUGAGCAACCACUCCAACAGUGGAGCAAUGAUGUUAGGGGCCCUCUUUCAUUACCUCAUUAUCAUAGUCAUGACACGGGUCAACAGGAUAGUAGCCAUGAAGCUUUGUGAAAUAGAGGAAACCAGAUCAUUUGCUGCCACAGAGAAAAGUUUCACCGUCAAGAUGUUCACUUUCCAGUUCUUCACCUACUUCUCCUCACUCUUCUAUGUGGCCUUUUUUCUUGGCAGGAUAAAUGGUCAUCCCGGUGGUUAUGUGCGAAUUGCAGGGAAAUGGAGGCUUGAAGAGUGUCACCCCAGUGGAUGUCUCACAGACCUGUUCGUCCAAAUGGCCAUUAUAAUGGUUCUGAAGCAAACCAUCAGCAACGUCUUUGAGUUCACUGUCCCCUGGUUCUCCAGGUGGUUAAAGAGAAGAAGAACCCAGAAGCUUCAGAGGAAAUGUGCUCACUGCUACCUAAAAGACGAUUCAGAGGCCAAACAUGGAGCUGAACUGUGUGACACCUGCAAACUUCGUGACUGGCUCAGCAACUACCGUCUGAAUGAUGUUGACUCAUUCAGCCUUUUUAAUGAGUUUUUGGAGAUGGUGAUCCAGUUCAGCUUUACCACCAUAUUUGUGGCGGCAUUUCCUCUUGCACCACUGCUUGCUCUCAUUAAUAACGUCAUUGAGAUACGUUUGGAUGCCAUUAAGAUGGUCACUCUGGAGCGCAGACUGGUUCCAAAGAAAACAAAUGAUAUAGGUGUGUGGAUAGACGUUUUGGAGGCGAUUGGUGUUUUAGCUGUUAUCGCAAACGGUCUGGUCAUUGGUGUGUCAUCAGACUUCAUCCCUCGACUCGUUUAUCGUUUCCGUUAUGGCCCGUGUGCUAACGGCACUGCAGCAGAUUUUACAAAUCUAGACUGCAUGGCUGGAUACAUCAACAACACCCUGUCUAUUGCACAGAUGGACGACCGCAACAUACACAAUGAGUUUUCAGUUGACCAGAUGACGACUCCUAGUGGAGUGAAUGUCUCUUACUGCAGCUAUAAAGACUAUAGGAGCAAUGAGGACUACAGUCUGACCCCACAGUUCUGGCUAAUUUUAGCUGUUCGCUUUGCAUUUGUGAUCUUGUUUGAGCAUGUUGUUGUCAUUUGCAAAUUCAUUGCAGCCUGGUUCGUACCCAGUGCCCCCAUGGGCGUCAAGAAUGAAAAGCUCUUUGAUAAACUCCAGAGACUAAAAGAGGAACUCAGGUCAUUUGAAGCAUGACAGCCUUCAGACACUUAAAUGGGGAACUCUUUCCUGAGAACAUGAACCCUGUGUUGCCUUGUGCAUUAAAGUGUCUAGACCAUCACUUGACUCAACUUCAAACCCAUUAAUCAUAGGAAUUCAGAAAGAGGGCUCUCAUUCUCUUUUUAUUGUUUGCAGUCAGAUGUUAAAUGCAGGGCGUCAAGCAUGAAAUGGACCUUGAAGACAGGCUAAUUUCCCUAAAACAAAUGUACAGGGAUUUUACUGUACCGUCUUGUUUUGAGAAUGCACUGAACGCUUUUUGUUGGAUCUCUAUAUUUGUGAUGUGUGUGUUUAUAUUGAAGGCCUAAAGAUAAUUUAUUACUGCUACUGCACAUACCGUACUGAUUGUGUGACAAUGUUGCCUUAUAUUGUACAAAUCGCUGUGAUGAUUGUCACAAUUUGCAGAGGAUCUGAUGGUAACUUUUGUAAAUUGGACACAAGAAUGUUUUGCUUUUUAAUAUUUUAUAUUACCAAAUAAAAGAGGACCCUUUUGUCAUCA